CACACCUUUUUUUUGGUGGCACCGAAACGAGCACCACCCUGUGCUAUGGACUCCUCGUUCUGCUUAAGUACCCAGAGGUGGCAGGUCUGCAAGCCGGAGACCCAGAAUGGGAGGCUGCGGUCUGGGGAUGGCUGGAGGGUCCUGGAAGUGCGCAGCUCACAGCCUACCCCGGCCCCAGCCAAGGUGCAGGAGCUGGACCCUGUAGUAGGGUGGAGGCGCGCCCCAAGCCCGGACGACCACCAGCGACUGCCCUACACCAACGCAGUGCUGCUCCAGAUCCAGCGCUUCAUCAGCGUGGUGCCGCUGGGGCUACCGCGCUCACCCUCAACACCUACUUGCACAGCCACUGUCUGCCCAAAGGUGCCCACUGAGUUUGGGAAUCCUGUGCGGGGCCCGGGUGCAUGAGGUGUAUUCCGAGAUCAGCCAGAAUCGGUGGGUGUGCGCUGUGCAAACUGAAGCACAAUCAGUUACUCCUGGAGCAGGAUAGCAGGCCUGCCUUCCCUUCGGUUUUUGUUUUUUGAUUUUAUUUAUUUUUUUUGAGACAGUCUCGCCUUAUCGCUCAGGCUGGAGUGCAAUGGCAUGAUCUCAACUCACUGCAACCUCCGCCUCCUGGGUUCAAGCAAUUCUCCUGCUUCAGCCUCCUAAAUACCUGGUAUUACAGGCACCUGCCACCACACCUGGCUAAUUUUUGUGUUUUUAGCAGAGACAGGUUUCGCUGUGUUGGCCAGGCUGGUCUCGAACUUCUUGACCUCGUGAUCCAUGCUCCUCGGCCUCCCAGAGUGCUGGGAUUACAGGCAUGAGCUACCUGCCCGGCCUAUUCCCUUGGGCUUUUAAAAAGGGCCUUGGAUGGAGGAGGUGCACAUGCUCACCAAGCCCACAGGUAAACCUAGUUGCAUGUACCCCCAGGGCACCUUUGUGAUUCCCCUGCUUGUGACUGCACACUGACCCCACUCAAUUCAAAGACCCAGAAUGCUUCAACCCUACCAACUUCCUGGACAACGCUACCAACUUCCUGGACA